CGGUCACGUGACAGCACAUCUAUGCGCUGAUUGGUUGAAUUCUUCCGAGGGUGUGGUUUUCAGUGGAGUUUGUGAUAGAAGAAGAAGACCGCAGAAAAGAGGGGAAACGAUUAAAAGGAAAAAUGUCUUCAGUUCCAGAUGGAAAGAAGCUUGUCCGCAGCUCCAGCGGCCUCAGAAUGGUUCCAGAAAACGGUGCCUUUAACAGCCCGUUCUCCCUGGACGAGCCUCAGUGGGUCCCGGAUAAAGAGUGUCCAAGAUGUAUGCAAUGCGACACCAAAUUUGACUUCAUCAGAAGAAAGCACCACUGCCGCCGCUGCGGUCGGUGUUUUUGUGAUAAAUGCUGCAGCAAGAAGGUGGCGCUGCCCCGGAUGUGUUUUGUUGACCCAGUGAGGCAGUGUGCAGAGUGCAGCCUGGUCUCACAGAAGGAGGUGGAGUUCUACGACAAACAGCUCAAAGUGCUUCUGGCAGGAGGUACCUUUGUUGUCACUUUGGGAACAUCAGACAAGUCAGAAACCAUGACGUGCCGCCUCUCCAACAACCACAGAUAUUUGUUCCUUGAUGGUGAAAGCCACUUUGAGGUUGAGCUGUCCCGCAUCUCAAGCAUGCAGAUUCUGACCGAUGGAACAAGUCCAGGAGAGGAAGACAUUCACACUUACACCAGUCUGCUGGACAGUCACUGUAUCUCUGAAGGAGGGACGUCACGUGCUAGUGGAAUGCUCCUUCACUACAAACCUAUGGGCUCCCUGGAUGCCCAGCAACUACAAAUGGAGGCAGCAGAGGACAAGAAGGUGGCCUCGUUGUGGCUUGCCGCAAUGCAUAAGGCGGCCAAACUGCUGCAUGAAGCUCGGGACCAGUGACGCCCCGCGCUAAACGUCAAAGCAACGAGCACCCAAGUGUUUUAAAGCCGACUUGGAUUUAGAUCGGAUUUGGUUUCAUUCAGAUUUUACUAUCAGUUCUGAUUGGAUUCAUCCAUCUGAUUUUUCUCAUCGGUUCUUUGUACCAGUACUUAUCUAAGUAAUUUUUUCUCAAGAAAUCUUUCGUAAAGGAAAAAAAUAGCACUUCACUUACCUCUAUAACCAGUGCUCUUUACAUCUGUAGGUUUAUUGUGUAUUUUCUAAAGGUUCAAGGCUCCUUUUGGAUUCUGUUCACUAAUUUGAGCAUUUACUAAAAAUGCUUUUUAAAUACUAGCAAAACUUGCUAACUUUGAAGGAUUUAAUACUAAGACCUCAGUUUUUUUUAAAGAAAGAUAUAGAAACUGUUUCUUAAUUUAGUUCAGAGAUAUUGAAUGCUUCUAUUUCUUAUUUUUAUUUCAGACGAGCAAGGAUUAUACAACCAAGUAUUUUUCUUUAAAGAUUAUCUUUCGGUUCCAGGCUUAUAAGCACAUUAAACUAUGGAUGCACCUUAACAAUUGUUGCACAGGUUAAAAAGAAAACAGUUAAAUGCAUUUCUUGGCAUCAAGAAGCUUGUGGACUGAAAUCUUGGCAAACCCUAAGAAAACAGUCCUAACUGCCCAUCUUUUUGGUUUAAUUAUGCCGAGUUAUUUUUAUUAUUUUCUGUGUUGUUUUCUGAUAUCCUUUUAAAUUACCAGUGUAUUAAUCAGUGUUUUGGUUUGUUUUGUAAAGCUGUGGCCUGCCUGUACCAAAACAGUAAGGUUAUAGUCUAUGAAAACAAAGCAUUCCAAGUAUUUUGUAGGAUGUUGUAUGUCCUAUGAGUGUUUUAAUUUGAAAGCCUUCCUGUUAUCUGCUUAAAGUUCCUGCUCUCUGGAAACAUGAAUGAACCUUCAAACAUGUUGAAAUCUUCAGUUUUUUAAUGGCUUUGUUUUUUGAAAACUUCAAUGUAACUGAAGAAGUUUAACUUUGAAUCUUUACUCUGUAACAAACUUCCACCCUUAACACUUUAUGUUGACCCGGAGGUGUGUUGUGUUAGAGAGUUGAUGUUAGACUGUUCUAACUUUGCAAGUUAAAGUAGAAAAUCCCACUUUGGGGUUUUGAAGGAGAUAAGACAAGUGCUGAGAAGUAAAAACUAAUAGUGAGCAAACAAAUGUUGAAACGUGUUGUCCGUUAGCUGCAAGGUGCAUACUCUGUUUUAACGAACUGUUUAAGAAUGUCUUGUAGGGGUCAGUGAGAAGCAGCCAAAAAGGAGUGUAAAAUGCUUUAGCCUGGUAGAAAAAGGUAUUUUUAUAAUAAGGAGAUUUUCUGGAUAAGAUUAAAUCCAGAAAAGGAAUCAGAGCGUCACAACUUUGUCUGGUUUCCCAUAGACGGAUGUUACUUUGUGUUUUUAUUUUUUUCCAUUUAUGAAAAAAAUGUUUGACUAAUUUGUACUCAUAUCUGCAACAGUUUUAGUGACCAAAGUGGUGUAUAAACAAAUAGUUUAAUUAUAAUUUUAUUGAUUAUUCCUGCUUUAAUUUUGAGCCUGACCAUCAUUGUGUUUUACCUGGUUUGGACCCAGUUAUUUGUUUUGCUGUAGCUUCUCAAAUCUUAUUUCAAUUUGUUGUGUGAAACCAUCCGUCUUUCAUACUUUAGUUCUGUAUUGUAAAAGACACUGACACAAAACAUCUGAAAA